AUGAUUGACUUGUACCUCCCGCAGCAUUCAACUCCGCUCAAGGAAGGCCGAUCUCAUCCGCCAUGUUCAACGUUCAAAGCCAAAGUACGACGGAAAUGGAAGACUUUGCGGACCAUUCAUCUCGUGUUUGCAGUAGCAGCGGCAGGGUGGUUAACAGUAUCAUACUUUUAUUUCUGGACUGACUCUUCAACUCCGGAUGUAAAGAGUACGCGGACGACUUUUGAUAUGGCCAAGGACAGACUCUGGCGGAUUCACCCCGCUAUUGUAAGGACCGCGGAGGUAUGGUGGCAGGAUUCAACAUCGCAAAAUAUGUUCGAAGAAUCCGUAGCGACGUCUCCCAUGGAACCGCAGGCCAAAGUUAAGCCUUCAUCAAUGAAAGAUAAAGAUUCACAGCCUUCUGUCCCAAAGGCCUCCAAAUAUACCAACACAGAUACGGAGUCCAGGCACAUAUUCCCCGACGACUUCGAAACUGCCCUCGACUACCUCUUCUCUUUAAUUCCCAAUGAAAUGUACCUCCGAGAGCUCCUGCGGCCUGUGAUAGGAACGGGUGCGGAAAAGCUGCGUGAACUCGGUCUACGUACGCGCGCAUACAAACAAUUCUUCGAAGCCUGGGAGAAACUCCACCUCUUUACCGAAGACAAUAAUAAUACCUACGUUCGGGACGGUCUCGUCCCAUACAUACGUGCCAAAUUCAGCGAGCAAACCUUCCCUGAGGCGCUCCACAAAUACGAAUCCUAUCGUCAUUUCCUCGCCAAACUCUCCGCGCUAUUGUUUCCGUGGACGAGCCCAUACUUCGCCGAUCAUAUGAGCCUGCACGCAUCGUCAUACCAUGGAGGUCGUGGCAUCGUGUUUACGGCGGGCGACAGCCACGUGUCCUUUCUCCUCGCUGCUAUUCCCUCCCUCCGCACCCUUGGUUGCGAGCUACCUAUCGAAAUCAUGUAUCUCGGCGACAGCGACUUGAGCGAAGACUUCCGAGCCGAGCUCGAAGCUCUCCCUGGUGUGGUGACGCGUGACCUCUCCGCCAUGGUCAGCGAUGAGGGCUGGCAGCUCACCGGAUGGGCCGGUAAGCCGUUCUCUAUUCUUUUCUCGUCUUUCCGCGAAGUCAUCUUCAUCGACGCCGACUCACUGUUUUUCGUCAAUCCCGAGGUGCUCUUCAAUGACGAGGACUACAUGCGCACGGGCGCCCUGUUUUUUAAAGAUAGGAUGAUUAUGCCCGAGAGCAAAAAAAGGUGGCUACAGCAGAUCUUACCAAAGCCGAUUUCGAAACUGGUACGGCAGAGCAGGUUGUGGACUGGGGAAAGUGGGCAUAUGCAAGAGUCCGGAGUUGUAGUUGUGGAUAAGUGGACACACUUUGUUGCCUUAUUACUAGUAAGCAGAAUGAAUGGGCCCGAUAGGGAUGGGAAUAAGAUGGCAGGGAUUGUGGGAACUUAUGAUAUGGUCUAUGGCGACAAAGAGACCUUCUGGAUCGGUUGGGAGCUCGCCGGUGACACCUCCUAUGCUUUCCACCCUGGUGCAACCGGCAUAAUGGGCGUCGUUCAGGAUCCCGGAAACUUCAACCCACCCAACGACCUACCCGCCUUGGACCUCGACCAGGGCUUUAACCAGGGCUUUGCGGCUACCACCACGAAAAGAUACCGCAAAGUGGAACCUGGUCACGAAGCUGACCUCACCAUCUGCGGGCCCCAACUCCUCCAUCUGGACCGCAACAAGCGCCCUUUGUGGUUCAAUGGGUGGCUGUACAAGAACAAGUAUGCGGGGACUAAACAGGAGAUCGGUCAGUUCGAGGUGUUUAUGGAAGAGCCGAGUGAAGUGUUGGAGCCAGGAGCAUGGCAGUUAGAGGAGAACAAUGUGUGUUGCUUGUCAAAUGCGGCGACACUGGAUUUUACGGAUGAGGAGACGGAGUGGCUAGGGGAAUUGGUUAAGAUGGCAAAGAUAGGAUAA